AUGACCCACCAUCAGGGCGCUCUGGGUCGGCUCCUCAAAAAGCUCGUGUCGAGGACAAAACAGCAGCCCCGAGCAGCGACCGCCGAGCCUGAACCGUCGGGAGCGCCGCCGUCGACGCAGCCGCCUCCGCACGACGACGUCGUGAGCGAUGACCUCUUCCCGUGCUGGCCGCCACCGAGCCCCCGCGCCAUCCUCGCGCGCCGCGCCGCCUACAGCGACAGCCUGUGCCGGCGCCGCUACCGCGCCCCGCGGGGUGUCUUUGAGGACACGCCCGUCUUUGCCCUCUACCGCCUCUAUGAGUGGAUCAUGGCCGGUCACACCGUCAACAUGCGCAACGAGCUCGAGAUGUUCUGGUGGGCCCGCUGGCCCGUCGCCAGCAUCCCCGACCCCGACCCCGACGACCCCGACCCCGAGCGCCGCGCCGUGCUCGCCUGCAUCCCGGCCCUCCUCGUCGAGAGCUUCAACGAGCGCGUCAGGCUCGGCCUGCGCCGCGCCGAACCCCACGCCAUCCUCGCCCUCGACGAGCAGCGCGCCUGGGCCGCUUCGCCCAAGGUCUACGAGACGGCGCCCACGUGGACGCAGACGGUCGAGCCGCUCGCGACGCUUCUGCAUAUCCCCCACACGCAACCGGGGCGCCACCAGCUGAAGAGCCUCGACGACGACGAGGCCUCGGUCGCCUUCAAGGCCAAGGGCAUCUUGGCCGUCGAGCCGCACAUUCACUUUGUCUAG